AUGCACGAAUUGGGAGAUGUAGAGGGACUCUCGGAGUGCAUUGGCAGAGCCGUUCAAGAGCACCUCGCGCGGUCUAAUAUCAGUACUGCCUGGCCCCAUAUCGACGGACUCAGUCAUCCUAUAUUGCGAAUCGAAGCUUUUCUGGAGGAGGGUGAUUCCAACAACACGGUUGGCAAAUCUAGAUCAGGCAGAGUUGCUUCGAGGACGCUUGAUCUGGCAGACAUGGUGACCCCUGCGCCUUCCAGAAGUUCAACGGUGAAUCACCUCGACUACGACAUGGAUUCCCCGGGUACAGGAAUACACUCACAAGAAAGCAUGGACUCCGUGGAUGAGUUUCCCGAAGGCAAAUCUGCAGGAUAUGAAACUCGUCGCAGAAAAGGGACCGGUGGCCUGCGUAUAACACAAAGUCAGUCGAUUCGAGAAGACCCGAGCGAACAUCAACGACAAAUGCAGGUCAAUAGUGGGAAUCAUCCCAAAAGAAAGAAAGCGGUCUCUGACAAGUUCGUAUUCCAGCCAUCUACCCUCGAUAAACUUGUGAUCGGUAUCUGGGAGCAGGUCCACGGAUCGAUCGACUUAGAUCCAAAGACACUCUUCGAACAAGUUCAGGUCGUACCCAGUGGAGGUGACUCUGGGAUGAUCCAUGGCCCAUCUGCCAAUCGUAUGGCUAUGGAGACUUCUGGUACAGCAGCGAGCACGAGUAACCAUUCCUUCAGUCAGACCAAUGUGUUCUGCCGUAAAGUGACUCAGGCAAGUCGCGUCUGCCGCUCAGUCGAGAUGAUAGUCCAGGCGCGAUGGACGGAGCUUUUCGAGGACCACGUUCAUUACAGAAGUUCUCUGAUGCCUGAGUUAUCGACAACAAAGCAUCGGAAAGCCGUGUUCAUGGAAGCUUGCGAGGACUUUGGCUGGUCUGAGAAAGAGUUGCGAAACAAGAUGGCAAUUUGGCGGGGCUACAAAGAAGUUAAAGAUGCAGCAGGGUGGGCAGCACUCGUCUUUGCAGGCAUGGGCAUAUAUCGCUUUUGCAAAUAUCGCGUAGGUUUCGACAAAGACGCAAUGAGACGCUUACGCAAUCUGCGAAAUCGGUUGGAAGUUGCCGCAGAUACACUUCAUCCUCAGUGGCGUCAACUGCUAACAAUCGUGGGCGAGUCUUCUACACUGCGAUAUCCAGGGCAUCCACAUGAAUGGGUGGUAUUUGAGGAUGGAUCUGAGCCGGCGCCACUGUCGCAAACGUACCAAAUACAGGAUCCCUAUUUCAAUUUUGAACACAUCGAGGAAUCCAUAAUAGACGGCCAUGUUUGGGGAUGUGAAGAUCCGCGAUGGACACCUCAGAUAAGCUCAGUGGCAAAGGUCCCGGGAGGCUAUGUCUGUGCUCUUUGUAAAGAGUCCCAGUCGGAUGAUCCAAAAGUCAACGCAUGCUUCUGCUUCCCUUCACUAUUCGGUAGUGUUCAACGCAAACCCCCGCCUGUGCAGGUGUAUCGAACUCUAGAAGGCAAGAAUAACGGAAUUGUGGCGCUGACAUCGUUUGAGCGGGGAAAUGCCAUUGGCGAACUCGUUGGCCUCAUAACUAAAGGCGUUCGACAUGUGGAUGUCAUGGAUAGCUCGACGCCACUUGCGAAUUACCAGAUCUGGCAGGGUCAGGUUGGCAACUUCACCCGCUUUAUCAACCAUAGUUGCAAGGCCAAUGCCCAAACAACGACGUUCACUUGGCUAGACACACAGCGUAUAGUAUUGGUCAGCAAAGGGAUAGAAGCCGGAUCCGAAAUUACCCUUGAUUAUGGCGACAAGUACUGGGCCGGAUUGGACAAGACGUGUCUGUGCGGAGAGUCGUGCUGUAGAUACAGAAGGAAUUCAUGA